CUAUGUAUAGACCCAGAGAGACUGGGAGCCAGAGAGAGGGAAGCAGCAGAUCUUUUCCACUUAAAAAGAAAAACUUGACAAAAGUACUUUCUCAGAAAGAGCAAAAAGAAAUAAUGGAUUAUUAGAACAAUGAAAUGCCUUUGAGCAAGUGCAAACUGGAGGCCUUGAGAAAUGGAUUUUCAUCACGAGGAGAAGUUAAUACGUAUCGUUAAAAGGUUACUUUGAACUGGAUAUUGACAUUUAGGUGGUGAAGGAGAUUGAAAACCAGCUUUACAAGGUCCAGAAGCAACAGUGGAUAAAAUACAACCAGAAUUUGUAAAUAUCACUGAGACAUGGACAGGCAGUGACCUUUGGAGUUGGAAUUUCCCUAUAACUGCGACAGCUGGACCCACUUGUAGAUGGAGGGCUCUGGCAGUCCUCGCUUUAGAAAGCUUCAUUUCCCAGUGGGUUUGUGGAUCAACUCCCCCAGGAAACACUUUGCCAAACUAGGAGGUCGCUGGCCCAGUGCCAUCUCUGUCAAGUCAACGACCAGCUCUGACGCAGCCUCGCUUCACGAGGCCCCCUCUGCUCCUUCCUCUUCCCUUUCUAACUCCACCCCCUCGCUGGCUUCCCCUUCCCCAUCCCCGUCUCCUUCCCCGGCCUUCCUCAGGCCCAAGCCGGCGGGCUCCCAGUCUCGCACAAAGCGCCUUUCCCAUCUCUUCCUCCGGGGGCGCUCUAACAGUGACAGGGACCGGGCUGUGGGGGAAAGGGAGAGAGAGGUAUGGGCUCAUUCGGCUGCCCCCUCCUCCCACCACUACUUGCCCCCGGCCUCUUCUUCUGCCCCUGGCCUGAUCAAGAUCUAUGGGGAUGCUCUUUCCAGUGGAGCCAACUAUCGCUCCCUGCUGGCCAACGCUCACUCCACAGCCCGGCAGCUCAUCGCCCAGGUCAUCACUCGCUACACUGAAAGAGAGCGUGAGGAGACGGAAGAUGCAGUUCUCCAGAAACACUGCCCUGAGGACUUCCUGUUGUGUGAUGUCAUUGGAAAGCCCAUCCAGCAGCCAGAUGGAGCCAUCAAAUGGGAGACAGAGUGCAGGAGAUACGUGGCCCCAUGGGAAUGUCCUUUGUUGUUAGUGGACAUGUGGCGGCCUAAAGAUGGAUUUGAACGCCGCUUUGAAAUCCAGCGGAAGGAAGACUAUGAGAGAGAGGAAAGAGAAAGGGAGAAGGAGCGUGAGAGGGAGGGGGAGAACUACCAAGGUGUGCGCUGGAGGCGAGCCAGGAUGUCAUCUGGCAGUGGACAAGAGGAGACGGAGCGUGGUCACCGUGGAAGGAACACAGAGCUCCGGAGGAGCAUCAGUGACAUGAACCUGAGUCUGCGGCGUCGCCAAGGGAACCAUGUGAGCAGUGAUCCCCAGGGUCUGGGCAAGCGCCCUAACAACAGCGGAGGGAUGCAGGACAGGAAGAACAUCGUGAGCAUGAUCAGCCCACAGCCAGGGGAGGUCAGAGCAUCGAGGGCUGAAGCCAAGGUUGGAUGGACGAAUCAGCCGACAGAGGAUGAGAAGGAUUACUCUACCUGUGACCUGGAAGUGAUGUCACAGAGCCUGAUCCUUCCACCCACGGACCGGCCCUACUUCCUGCUGCUGCAAGGUUACGAUCAGAGCAAGGAUUUUGUUUUGUACAUCAUGACGGGACAUAUGCAUGUGUUUGGAAGAAAAGCCACAGUGAGGGAGAGAGAGAAGGACAGAGAAAGAGAGAGAAAAGGGAAGAGGCCUCUCAAAGUGGAGACAUUCCUGUCUGCUCCAGACCUUUUGGCAAGGCACUUGUUGGUCAGGAGAGACUCUGCUGUUCCAGAGAUGCCCACUGGACAAGCUCUGAUGCGUCCCUUCAGAGGAGGCGCAGUUACUCACAAUGGAGUGGCCCUGUACAGGGAGACGGUCCUUAAGCCUGGGGAUGUGAUUGGUCUCGGGAAUCACUUCCUGUUCUUGUACCGUGACCCCCGUGUGACUCCAGCGCCACCGCUUGCACUGACCCUCCCAUGGCAGGCCGACGCCUCCACCACCUGCUGCCCUUCAGGCCUGGUGGACAGACAGGAGGCCCUGAGGCAGUACCUGGGCUCCACCGAGGCAGUUCUGAAGUUCCAUCAUCGUCAUUCAGAUGCCUUGUUACAGGAGAUCAUCUCCAAAAAUUCCUCUCCAGACUCUGGUGGCGGACCUUUAGCGCCUGCCUAUCUCCUGUCAGUGAUGAUCGAUCAUGCCGCCAAACACCUGGACCCUGCUCUCACACCACAGAUCUUACUCAAAUCAGCCAAUCUAAUUAAAGAAAUUGUUUGGGAUAACAUUAAGGAAUUCGGGGAUAAGCAUCCCACGCAAAAUUCAACAGACCCAGAAGGGGAGAUAAGCCCACCAAAUGUCCAGAAAUUGUCAUCCGACCUGCGGCCCCUCAUAUUCUGGAUGUCAAAUGCCACAGAGCUUCUGAACUUCUUCCAGGUCAAAGUUGAAACCAUGGAGAAAGAGUGGGAAUUUGAAGCUCCGGGGGAUCCAGUUCUGACAGCCGACAUGGACACCUGUUCAGAAGCUCUGGCACAGCUGGAUGAUGUCAUCAUGCACACCUUCCAGCAGUGUGUGUAUCACCUCACCAAGACCCUGUACUCCCUUCUCCCAGCGCUGCUGGACACCAACCCAUUUUCCAGUGAGGAGAAGGAGAAAGAAAAGGAUGCAGCUCGGGGGGCAGAGGGAGAAGAGAAAAAAGGGGGAGAAGGGGAAGUGGAUGAUGUGUCUUCCCUGCCUCCCAGAGUUGCCGGACUGGUGGAAGUGUAUCGCUGCUCUCUGGUGCUGUCCAGAGAGGCCUGUCUGUCCCCGCCGCUCACCUCCCAAACCUUCGGCUACCUCUUCUUCUUCACCAACACCUCCUUGCUCAAUACUUUACUAGAGAGAGAUGAACUGUUUUCAUGGUCUAGAGCAGUCCAAAUCCGUACGAACCUGGACCUGGUUCUGGACUGGCUACAGGGAGCCGGGUUAGGAGACAUCGCCUCUGAGUUCAUGAAGAAACUGUCCAUCACUGUAAACUUCUUGUGUAUUCCCAAAACGCGGCUCAUCCAGACAUCCUGGAGCAGUUUACUGGAGGACCAUGCCUUGUUAAGUCCUUCCCAGUUGCAUCAUCUGCUUACACGAUACAAGCUGGGACCAACUAGAGCUCCGCCAGCAUCCUGGGCUCCUUCAGCUGGCACAGAGCUGAGUGGCGAUAUCUUUGAGAGCUUUCUGGAUCACCCUCCUCUUAUCCUGCCAAAUGAGACUCCACGCCUUGACCUCUCCCAGCCAAUCCCUAGCCCUGAGCUCCAAAAGGAAGUUACACGUCUCCGUACCUUCUUGUGGGGACUUGACCAGGAUGAGCUCCCUGCCAAUCAGAGAACUCGGCUUUAAAGAAGCCCAUAUUUGUCUCUCUCUGGAUGUCUCAUAGAAAAGAAAAAAAAAAGAAAAGAAAAGAAAAAACAUAUCUCCAUUAACAGGGAACUGCACACAAGAGUAAAGCAAACUGAAUGUGUUUUCUGCAUUUUAUUUUUUUUAUUUUUUCUAUUGACAUCUCCAUAUCAUUUCAUUUACUCAUUUAGAUAUUUUCAAGUAAUACGACUGUGCUGGCUUUGACUUGUUUUUAUAGGACCUCUUUAAAAGCAAGGAAUAAAAGUCUGUUGGGCCACAUAGUGUUAUGCUUUACAUGAUUUUUUUUUUUUUACUUGGAUUCCAUGUAAGCUUUCAAACUACUUGUUUUUAAUAAAAUGCUGAAUUUGAGUCUAAAAAGA